CAACAGGAAGGUACAGCUCUCCAUGGCUGCAUUGAUUCUUGCCUGGAUGCAACAGGGAAAAUUGGCAUCCAGGUGUUGGGGGAGUUGACCUAUCCAUCCCCAAGGAUGCUUUAUUCCUGCUCUUCUUUAAUGGCAUUGAAACGGAAAAUGUGGCACCCUGUAUGUCCUAGGGAGAUAUUCCUGGGGAGCUCACAGGCUCUUUUUGGAGCUCCCAGCUCUGUUUUUCCUCCUGCUUUCCCUUGGUUAUACAAGCUUUUAUUUUUGAUACGGCCCAUAUAAGGCGAGUCCAUCUACAGACAGCUUUUCCUUACAUUCCCCCUUGCCAAGAUGAUGUCACCUUAAAAACGAGACUUACAGAAGGUUAAGCUGUGAUUAGGCAGAUCGUGUCGCCUCCAAAUGUGAUCUUCGGCGGAGCGAACACCGUGCGGAUGGAAAGGGGAAGAUAAGGGUGCUGUGCUGCUGCCAGUGGUGCUGAAUUCUGGUGGAGCAAAGCACACUGGCAGCAUUGUGCCAACUCACUGUGCAAAGGCUGAGCAGCUUCUCGGCCUCCUUAGUGGUUUGCUUGGUCCUGGAUCUUGGAUCUUUUCUUGCAGAGGACCGAGGAUGUCCUCGAUGUUCGGCAAACCCCGAGUCAGCAGCGAGCGGCCGCCCCAGAGUCCCCUCCCCGAGUGCAACGUGGCCAUCCUGGGGUGCAGAGGGGCUGGCAAGUCAGCUCUGACCGUGAAGUUUCUAACCAAGAGGUUCAUCAGUGAAUAUGAUCCCAACUUGGAGGACACCUACUCCUCGGAGGAGCUGGUGGACCAGCAGCCUGUGCUCUUGAAGGUGAUGGACACUGCUGACCAGGAUGGCCCCGGGAACUGCGAGCGCUACCUGUGCUGGGCCAGUGCCUUCCUGGUUGUCUACAGCAUCGACAGCAGGAAGAGCUUCGAGGGCUGCCAGCGCUACCUCGAGGUGCUCGCCCUGCACGCACGGGGCUGCCAGCGCCGCUGCCCCGUGCUCCUGCUGGGAAACAAGCUGGACAUGGAGCAGUACAGGCAGGUGCUCUCAGCAGAAGGGAUGUCCCUCGCCAGCAGGUUCGGGUGCCUCUUCCAUGAGGUGUCGGCAUGCCAGGACUUCGCUCGGGUGCAGCACGUGUUCCACGAGGCCGUGCGGGAGGUGCGGCGCCAGGCGGAGUGGAACCUUCCCGUGCGGCCGCUCUUCAUCUCCGAGGAGCGGCCCUGCUCGCCCAUGGCCCCGCCAGUGGCCCUGCCCACCCACCACAGCUUGGCCACCUGCACCUUCAACACCCUCUCCCCCGUCAACUACAAGGAGAUACCCUCGGUGGCCCAGGCCAAGCUGGUCACCGUCAAGUCCUCGCGGGCUCAGAGCAAAAGGAAGGCUCCCACGCUCACCUUGCUGAAAGGCUUCAAGAUAUUUUAGGACACAUCCCUGGGUGCUGCAGAGGGGGAAGACAGAGACCCUCAUCCAUUUCCCCGGCUCCACAGGAGUUGGGACCUUCCAUGAUGGACUCAUGGGCACUGCAGCAGCUGCUGGCAGAUGGCGGCCCUGGUCUCCGUGCUGGGGCAAAGCCAGCAGUGGCAACUUGGCAAGCAGGCAAAGUGCCAAGGGUCUGACAUGGGCUGUGGCAUCGCUCUGCCUGCCCCUGCCCAGUGUUUGUACCCUGUCCUGCCACUGCCACUGCGGCCAGCCCAGUUUUCUGUGAGGAUGCAGCAGCUUCCAGAGGAGCUGGGGCUGUGGAUACCAUUGGGAGGGGAAGAGACAACUCCACGGCCACCAGCCAGCUUGGGCACUUGGCCCACAGCUACAGGAGCCCAGGAAUGAGGAGCUGAUCAUUAAUCCAGCAUGAAGGCACCCAUCUCAUUCAUCCCACAGGUCCCCGACUAAGCAAUAAGUAGGAGGAAUUUUUAUUUUUUUUUAAUCCAGAUAAAAAAGGUGCAGAUAAUGUUUCAGCUACUUAAAGGCCUCAGGUGGCCUGUAACUGAUACUCACACGUCAAGCUAAGUCACACCAAAAUUGCUGCUUUUUUGCUCAGCUUUUUACACUAUAGCAUCCCUUUCCAAAGGCUUUGCAAAGAGAUGCUUUCCUGACAAGGACAUGGUCUGCAAAGUCUGUGUUUAAAAGACUGAUGUAUUUCCAAUAAUGUCCUAAAUUAUUUCAUGGCUUCUACGCGUGCCCAGUGAA